UUUUGCUUUGGAAAACAACAAAACAGCAUCGCUAACUUCUGCAACACAAAUCUUCGACACCGGGCAGCGAGACACGACACCAAGUUUUGCACGUGACGAUAAUGAGGAACCGUCGCAAGAAGAAAAAUUUCAUUCCAUGACAGAAGAUCCCUCUUCAUCAUCGACAUCUUCCACUCUAUCUCCUUGCGCCGCUUUCCUGGCCUCAUCGCUCUCAACCAUCAUCAUCACCAUCAUCGCUGUUUGUCUUCUCGCGGGCGCUACGGGCUUGGCAGUCCAUAUGGGCAACGUGAGCGAGGGGAACAAACAGAAAGC